CAGCCCAAGUGGUAUUAUCUCGACGCCGCCGCCGCACUGGCUUAUAUUCAGGUUGAAUUUGAUAUAAUUAAACGUUUGGAGGAUUUUGCAGUGUUUUUUGUUUCUCUUGCUGUUUUUUAUCUGAAUUAAUUUCGGGUGUCUUUUAUGAAUAAUCAAAAGCAGCAAAAGCCAACGCUAACAGGCCAGCGUUUUAAAACUAGGAAAAGAGAUGAAAAGGAGAGGUUUGACCCUACUCAGUUUCAGGAAAGUAUUGUUCAAGGUCUGAAUCAAACUGGCACCGACUUGGAAGCAGUAGCUAAAUUCCUUGAUGCCUCUGGCGGAAAACUUGACUAUCGUCGCUAUGCAGAGACCCUGUUUGACAUCCUGGUGGCUGGUGGAAUGCUGGCCCCAGGUGGUACUUUGUCCGAUGACCUGACUCGUACGGAGUUCUGUGUUUUCACAGCACAAGAAGAUCUCGAGACCAUGCAAGCAUACGCUCAGGUUUUUAAUAAGCUAAUAAGGCGUUACAAGUACCUGGAGAAAGGGUUUGAAGAGGAAAUCAAGAAGUUGCUGCUGUUUUUAAAGGGUUUCACAGAAUCUGAGCGCAACAAACUGGCGAUGCUGACUGGCAUUCUACUGGGGAAUGGGACCUUAUCUGCCUCAAUUGUGAUCAGUCUCUACAAUGAGAACCUGGUCAAGGAAGGUGUCUCUGCAGCAUUUGCUGUGAAACUGUUCAAAGCCUGGAUUAAUGAGAAGGACAUUGGUUCUGUGGCUAGCAGUCUGAGGAAGGUUGGCAUGGACAACCGACUAAUGGAACUGUUUCCUGCCAAUAAGAGGAGCUGUGAACACUUCUCUAAAUAUUUCACUGAUGCCGGACUAAAGGAGCUGUCUGACUUCGCUCGGAACCAGCAGUCGAUCGGCGCUCGCAAGGAGCUGCAGAAAGAGCUUCAGGAACAGAUGUCACGUGGAGAGCCGUUCAAAGAUAUUAUCUUGUAUGUCAAAGAGGAGAUGAAGAAAACCAACAUCUCCGAGCAGACCAUGAUUGGCAUUGUGUGGACAAGCGUGAUGAGUGCUGUGGAGUGGAAUAAAAAGGAAGAGCUGGUAACUGAACAAGCCAUGAAACACUUGAAGCAAUACAGCCCUCUCCUCAAAGCCUUCUCUUCCCAAGGCCUCUCGGAGCUCACUCUGAUGGUCAAGAUUCAAGACUACUGUUACGACAACAUUCAUUUCAUGAAGACCUUUCAGAAAAUUGUGGUGCUUCUUUACAAAGCUGAUGUAUUGAGUGAAGAAGCUAUUCUGAAAUGGUACACGGAUGCCCAUGUUGCUAAAGGAAAAAGUGUUUUCCUAGAACAAAUGAAGAAAUUUGUUGAGUGGCUAAAAAAUGCAGAAGAAGAGUCGGACGAGUCGGAUACUGAAGAAGGCGAUUAAACCCUGAAACAAAGGUUUUGUGUUAAAUAAAAUAGCAACAGGAGCUGUAGAAUGUUUUGUUACAGGAGUCUUUCUAUAUAUUUCUUUCUAUUCUACCUCCUGUAUUUCUGACUAAUGUUUAGAUGUAAUUAAGGGCUUUAAGUUCAUUUUAACUCCUUUUUCUAUAUAUCAAAAAUAAAAGUUUACACUUCAUAUAGCA